CAAAAAAAUAUAUUUCAAGAUUUCAAAUUGCUACUGAACAUUUUUAGAAAUGGAAAUUAUUCAGGAUGAAGCUGCAAUUGAUUUUGCAAGAUUAGAAUCUACUAUACGCAACAAAUUGAUCGAAUUGCAGUUGAAAACGAAGAGCUUAGAAGAAACUCAGCAGCAGCUUGCACAGGCACGGCAGUCCCUAUAUGAAAUGGAACGAAGAAAUGAAGAGGCCAGACGAGAUAUCGCAUUGAUGCAAAGCCAAUUAGAUGUAGCUAUGACAGCGAUGAGGCACUGGGAAGAAGAAAAAACUUUAAAUAGAUGCCAGCAAGUACAAUCGAACAUGCAUUCAGAAACUGUUCUAAGAGAGAGGGACUCUCUUCUUCAACAAACAAAAAAUUUACAGUUAGAAAACAUGAUACUGCAACAGAAGAUUCACGAAUUUGAGACUAUAAAUGCAAACAGAGAACCACUUCAAGAUACCUUGACACAAUUGAAAAAUAAAGUAUUAUUGGUCGUAAACGCUGCUAAUAGUGAAUUUCCAAAGCUACGCCAGGAGCUUGAAGAGUUACAAAAAUCUUUAGAAAAUACAAAUAAACUUAACGGGCGACUCCAGGCUGCAGGGAUGUGUGCACACGGCAUACAACAAAAACUCAAAAUGAGAAUUGAGGAGUUGGAGAACAAAUUGGAUACAGUUUCCCCAUUUCAAUAUUGAUUUCGUCGAAUAUGGAUCGUUGAGUAUUGUGUAGGCGUUUCGCCGAUUCCGACUUCGUGAAUUUUUUCGAAAAUAUAAGCAGGAUUGGAAAGAGAGGGCUUUGUCAACGAACACACACAUAGGAUUAAUAUAAAAUGUAUUAUCGUAUGUAUAUUCAAAUCUGUCGAACCGAAUCAAAAGAUUAAAAUGCGAAGAUCGAUAAGAAUAUGUAAGAAGCUGUGACAACAAUAAGCAAUAAAUGACUUCUUCUAUA